AUGGUUCCAAGUCCCCUGUUCCCUUCACCCGCCCCCACCCCAACCACCCACGGCCCCCCGUCGUCCCCCUCUUUCCCAUUUCCCUCCACAGCUGCCGUCUCUUAUGUUCCCCCAUCCUUGCCCUUUUCCCUCCCCUUCUCCUCCCCCAUCCUCCCCCAUACUCCCUCAUCCUCCCCAUCCUCUCCCAUCCUCCUCCGUCCUCCCUCGUCCCCCUCCCCAAUUCGUUAUCCCUUCCACCACUCUCCCCCCCCAAUCCCCCCCAAUCAGCGCAGAGUUUCCAGUUCUGAGGUGCCUCAAAAGAUGCAGAGUCUCCAUGCAGAGUUUCCCAGUGCGUGGCAGGCCCUUGCCUCUCUCCCGCAACCCCUCGGCCAACCAGAAUUGACCACGUGGCACCCCCUCCCCCUCGAAGAGCUAAAGGGGGGGAAGGGGGAGCAUGGGGAACAGGGGGAGCUUGGGGGGAAUGGGGCGGUGGAGCAGCAGAGAGGGGAGGAGUGGGGGGAGGUGGUGGGGGGAGGGCAGAGGGGCAGCAUGGGGCAGCAGCGGUACUGCACCUAUGUGGACGAGUUUGUGAAGGCAGGGCGAGGGGAUGAGGUGGGAAAGAAAGGUAGCAUGGGGCAGCAACGCUACUGCACCUACGUGGAUGAGUUUGUGAAGGCAGGGCGAGGGGAUGAGGUGGGUGCUGUACGGUGCUAUGGAUGGUGUUGUGCUGACCCACGUUGGGGCAGCAUGACCAAGAAGCAUCGUUCCUGCACUGCAGGCCUCUUCCCUUACGCCCAACCACUCCUGCCCCCGGCCAUUCCCCAACCGUCGUCCUCCAUUUCACCCAACCCCAUAGUCUUCCCUUCCCCCCUUUCGUCUUCCUCUCCUCACCACCCCCUUUUUUUCUCCUGCGCAGCCCACUCAACAAUCACUUUCCCCAUCCCACCCCGCUUCCCCCCUCUCUCCCCCUUUUCCCCCUCUCUCUCCCCUUUUCCUCCUCCUGCCAGCCAUCACUCGCCUCCCUGCCGCCCGCCGCCCCGAUUCUUCGAAAGCUCAUUCUCAGUGCAUGCCCGUCCAUCGAUGGGGCUGGCGUCUUUCGGCCGUGUUUCGGAGGGGAGCAGAAGUGAGCAGCAGUGUCUUGCCUGGGGAGGUGCCGCCCUCCUUCCCUACUGGUUCAGCGUGGAUGGUUCCCUUCGAGGUCAACUCCCCUGUGUGGGGCGACUGUGCCUUGCCCCCUUCUUCAAUCCACCCUCCCCCAUUCCCCCUUUCCCCAUUCCCCGCAUCCCCCCUGCAAACCACCAGGUGCCGCCCUCCUUCCCUACUGGCUCAGCCUGGAUGGUGCCCUUCGAGGUCAACGCCCCUGUACCUUUGCCCCCGUUCCCCAUCACCCCCAAUCUCCAGGUUCCUCCUUCCUUCCCCACGGGGUCAGCCUGGAUGGCGCCCUUUGAGGUCAACGCCCCUGUGUGGGGCGACUGGCUAUGCCUGCCCCCCUUCCCCAUCGCCCCAUUCCCCCCUUCCCCACUCCCCACCCUCCCCACCCGCGUACCACCAGGUGCCGCCCUCCUUCCCCACGGGCUCAGCCUGGAUGGUGCCCUUCGAGGUCAACGCCCCUGCGUGAACCUUAUUGCCCCUCUGCUGUUCCCCCCAAUCUCAUCCACUCCCCCGUUCCCCCUCAUCCUGCCCGCAUACCACCAGGUGCCGCCCUCCUUCCCUACGGGCUCAGCCUGGAUGGUGCCCUUCGAGGUCGUUUCUCUCUCAACGCCCCCAUCCCCUAACCCCCUCCUUCUCCCAGGCAACAGCAGCAGGGACGAGAGCGAACCCGUGUUUGUCUUUGCGUUCCAUUCAGCCUUCCUACGCAUCGGCCUCACCAGAAUAACCCUGCACGAGCUCGACUGUGCGUACGGGGGAGACAUCCAAGUGCCUGCAGACUUUUUCAUUGAUGUGCUGAUAGAGAUGCCGCGGCCACGUGGCGACGCGCCAUUGGCCGACGCCCACUCCGACGGCACGCCAGCUGGCACGAUGCUGACGUGGCAGCAGCUGCUGGCGGCGUACCGGGACGACUUCAUGGAAGCUUCCAGGAAGCAGCGGAUGGCCCAAGGGAGGGAAGAGACGAGGCUGGGGAGAGCAGAGGCAGAGAGGAGUGAGUGGACGGGAGGGGAAGGAGUGAAGGAAAGGGGUAGCAGCACUUUCACACUGAAUCAGCAAGUACAGGAACGUUUGAAACCGGAGAUUUCUCGAAUUUCUCUCGCAAUGGAAGCAGUAGAUGGGAGGGACAGGAGGGAUGAGGUGGGGGAUGAGAGGAGGAGUCUGGCUCGCAGUUUGGUGACAGAGGUGCAGGCACACCCUCUCCUGCGCCACACAGGACAAGCAAGCCACCCGGGCAUGCUGUCUGUGCCGCCCAUGCCGCCCGGAACGGCGUUCAUGUCGCCUGAAGUGCCGUCCUCUCAAUACGACCUCCCUCCCACUCCCACAACGCCCCACAUGCCUCCCUCCCCCCACUCACCCCUUCCCCAACUUCCAUCCCUUCCCGAAGAUUUCAGCCCAUACCAUUCCCCCUCUGCUCCUCAUUUCUCCUCCACUCCUUCUCCUGCCACAUUCCCACUCCCUGGCGGCCGGCCCUCCCUCGUGAAUCGACCGUUUGAGUCCACUCACACAACUCCUGCUGCAGAACCCCCCUCUCAGGAGCUCGACUCGCUAGCUGAUCUGCUCAUUCGCAUGUCCCUCUCCACAGGCUCACGGCACAGCAUGGGGGGUGCGGCCCUGAAGGGGGGCGAACGGCAUGGAAGGGGGCUUGGGGGUUCAAAGGCGGGGGAAAGGCAUGGCAUGGAGGGUAAGGGUGUUCAGGUGGAGGGUGUGGGCUUUGAGCAUGGGGAGGAGAGGCACAGGAGGAGGGGUGGAGCUGUGGGGGAGGGGAGCACAGGGGAUGCUGAGGGGAUAAGUGGGGAGGGGAGUGUGGGUGGCGCAGUGGGGAUGGGGGAAGAGAGGCAAAGCAUGGGAAAUGGGAGAGCCUUUGUGAGCGCCAUAGGUGGAAAGGAGAAGAGCAGGGGGGGUGGGGAUGUGAUGGGAGGGGGGGGAGAAGACAUGGGGGACGGGAAGGGCAUGGGGGGUGGGGAUGUGAGGGAAGUGAUGGAGGGGAGAGAAGCAGGAGGAGAGUGGAGAGCAGGGGCAGGUGGAGCAAAAGGGGAUCACUUGAGAGCAACCUCAGGCAAACUGGCUGCGCCUGGGAUGGGGGAACAGCAGGGGGAAGGGGAGGGGCAAAGGGCGGACGGGGAAGGGGACCUUUUUCCCCCUGCCCGCCCUUUACACUGGUCCAAAGUGACUAAUGUGAAGGGGACAGUAUGGGAGGAGAUAGAGAGAGAGGGUGCGGUUAAGAAGGAGAGAGAAGAGACAAGGGGUGAUGGGGGAAGCAAGGGGAAUAGUGUGCUUGUAUCGAAGGUGACACUACCAGAUGACAUGAGACGAGCCAUCCGGGUGCUUUUUCAGGUGAAAGCAACAAAGCCAGGGGGGAAGUCGAAGGCAGGAGGAGGGUUGCAAGGGGAAGGGGGAGGCAUGGGGGGGAGGAAAGGAUUAGGGAAGGAUGAGUUACAAGUUGUUGGUUUGGCUCGCGCUAACAAUGUCGCCAUUAUGCUGACGCAAUUCCGCAUGCCCGAGAAUCAAAUCCGGGAUUUGAUCCUGGCAGGAGAUCCCAAGCACGUGCUGCCACCUGACCGCCUGGGCCUGCUGCUUCAGGUGAUUCCAACAGAGGAGGAGGCGGCGAGGUUCAGAGCAGUCUCAGGUGCUGCUUCAGGUGCCAUGUGUGCUCCUGAGCGUUUCCUCUGGUCUAUAUCUCUGAUUCCGAGAAUGAGGAGGAAAAUCGAGGCGCUAAUGUUUGUGCGGCAUUUCCACACCAUAGUCAACGAUGCCCGGGCAGUCAUAAAAGUUUUCUGUUCUGCUGCCCGCGCGAUCCGCAGCAGCAAGGUUCUCCGGGCAGCGCUGGCAGCGGCGCUUGAAGUGGGGAACGAGCUCAACCGAGGCAGCGUGAGGGGUUCGGCCCGCGGAUUCUCUCUUGACUCCCUUGCUCGCCUGUCAGAAGUGCGAGUCACUCCUCCGUCCCACCGCACCAAGGGCCUCAACACACUGUUGACCGCCGCCCAGGUGCCUUCUGAGUCGACUCAAAAGUUAAACCCCUCCCAGAUUCUGCCUCCUCCUGGCUCUCGAUUCUCGCGCACACAGUCCUUCCCUGUCAUACGCGCCACUGCCCCCUCCUCCUCCUCUUCCACCUCCUCCUCCUCCUUGUCGUCCUCCUCCCCUUCCCCGUUUUCCUCCUCUUCCUCCUCCUCCUCUCGUCCCUCCUCCCCGUUCCCCACAUCCUCAACCCUCGCUGCCACCACACCCGCAGCCUCCCCUUUCCCUUCCCACCCAUCCCAACCGUCUCAUCCUCCUCCCCUGAUCGCCCGUGCGACAACGCUUCUCGACGUGGUUGUGAUUAUAACGAGGGGAAUGGAGAGGAGGGGAGAGGAGGAAGCAGGGGAAGUGGGGAGCAGCCUUUUGGGAAGUUCAGUCAGAAACAAGAGAGGAGAGGGGGGAGAAGGGAGGAGAGGGAAGCUGACAGUAGAUCUGGCAGCAGUAGGGGAGGCCGUUAGGAUGUCCCAGGCUGACGUGGCGGAUGCCACGUCAGCACUGGACACUGGCCUGCGAUUGGUGGAUGAGGAGGUGCGGCUUCUGCAGCAGGAGAGAGAAGCGGCAGGGCUGAAGGAGGGGGAGGGGGAGCAGGAGGAGGAGGAAGAAGAGGGGAAGGAGAGGGAGGAGGGAGAGGGGAAGGGGCACGAUAGCAAGGGUGAGGUGGAGAGGCAGUGGAAAGGGAAGGGGGCAGGGGAGGGCGGGCUGAUGACUGUGUUGGCAGAGUUCAGAUUGAAUGCAAGGAAGGAGAGGGAGGAACUGGCCACGGAUGCUGAGGAGUGCAGAUGUGGUGGAGAUGGAGGGGAAGCGGCCGUUGGGGCGUUUCAUCCAGGUCUGAGGGAGGAGAGGAGGGGGCGGAGAAAGACGGAAGUAGCCGUUCAGGCAGUUCAGCGGGUAAAGAGGGAAGCUGCGGUUUGGUCAGUGCAGUCGAAGAGGGAGGAAGAGUGGAAGAGGGAGCUGGCAGGGGAGGGAAGCGGCGUUUUGGGCAGGGAGGAGAGGACGGAGCAGGGGGUGGAGGGCAACGAUCUAUUUGGCAGGGGGGAGAGGCGAGAGCAGGGGGUGGAGGGAAGCUGUCUAUUGGGCAGGGAAGAGAGGCGUGAACUGGGGGAGGAGGGACAGGUAGGGGGGACAGGGGGAGGGACAGGGGAGGGGCGGCAUGAUCGCAAGGGUGAGGUGGAGAGGCAGCGGAAGGGGAAGGCAAUAAGGGAGGGUGGGAUGCUGGCGGUGCUGGCAGAGUUCAGAUUGAAUGCAAGAAAGGAGAGGGAGGAACUGGCCAAGGAUGCUGAAGAGUGCAGCCCGUCGCCUUCGCUCCGCCCGUCGCCUUCACUUCCCCCCCGUCGCCUUCACUUCUUCCCCGUCACCUUCCCUCCUCCCCCUCCCCCCCCUCUUCCCCCGCCUUCAUUUCCCCUUCCCGUCGCCUUCACUUCCUCCUCCCUUCGCCUUCACUUCCUCCUCCCUUUGCCUUCACUUCCUCCUCCCUUCGCCUUCACUUCCUCCUCCCUUCGCCUUCACUUCCUCCUCCCUUCGCCUUCACUUCCUCCUCCCUUUGCCUUCACUUCCUCCUUCCUUCGCCCUCACUUCCUCCUUCCUUCGCCUUCACUCCCCCCUCCCGUCGCCUUCAUUUCCCCCUCCCGUCGCCUUCAUUUCCCCAUUCACGCUCUCUUUCCCUCCCUUCCGCCCGCUGCCCCCCUUCGUCUCGUCGCCCUCCCUGCCGCUCGUCGCACUCGCUCCCGCUCGUCCCCUCGCAAUCCCCGUCUCUCUCUCCCCCCGUCGCCCUCGGUUUCCCCGUCGCCCUCCCUUCCUCUCGUCGUUGCCCUCGCCAUCCCUCCCUUCUCCCUUCCCAUCUCGCACACUUGUCACUCCCCCUUUCCAACCCACACAUACACCCUUCCCUUCUUCCCUGUUCCCCCCCAUCUCCAUCCCUGUUCCCCCCCAUCUCCAUCCCUGUUCCCCCCCAUCUCCAUCCCUGUUCCCCCCCAUCUCCAUCCCUGUUCCCCCCCAUCUCCAUCCCUGUUCCCCCCCAUCUCCAUCCCUGUUCCCCCCCAUCUCCAUCCCUGUUCCCCCCCAUCUCCAUCCCUGUUCCCCCCCAUCUCCAUCCCUGUUCCCCCCCAUCUCCAUCCCUGUUCCCCCCCAUCUCCAUCCCUGUUCCCCCCCAUCUCCAUCCCUGUUCCCCCCCAUCUCCAUCCCUGUUCCCCCCCAUCUCCAUCCCUGUUCCCCCCCAUCUCCAUCCCUAUUCCCCCCCAUCUCCAUCCCUGUUCCCCCCCAUCUCCAUCCCUGUUCCCCUUCCCUGCUCCCCCCCGUCCCCUUCCCUCCUUCUCCCCGUCCCCUUCCCUUCCUCCCCCCAUCCCCUUCCCUGCUUCCCCCCUUCCCCUUCCCUGCUUCCCCCCGUCCCCUUCCCUCCUUCCCCCCGUCCCCUUCCCUCCUUCCCCCCGUCCCCUUUCCUGCCUCCCCCCAUCCCCUUCCCUGCUUCCCCUUCAUCCCCUUCCCUGCUUCCCCCAUUCCCCUUCCCUGCUUCCCCCCGUCCCCUUCCCUCCUUCCCCCCGUCCCCCUCCCAGCAUCCCCCCAUCCCCUUCCCUAAACCCCCCCAUCCCCUUCCCUGCUUCCCCCCAUCCCCUUCCCUGCUUUCCCCCAUCCCCUUCCCUGCUUCCCCCCAUCCCCUUCCCUGCUCACCCUUGCUCCCUCUGUUUCACCCUUGCUCCCCCUGUUCACCCUUGCUCCCUCUGA